CCAAUAAUAAAUUGGCUUAGCUAGAGAUAUAUACAGUAGGUAAGAUAUAUUUAGUAUCUCGUAACUGUAAAAGGGGGUGAUAUUUCUAUUUUUGUUUGUGUAUGCGUUUAUAUAUAUUCAGCACAAAGUUCAAAUAAAUUAAUAUAACAUACAUAGAAAAGUAAUAUGGUUUCCUUUGAUAAUAGGAAGUUCAGAGGGAAAGCAGAACAGGCAGCUUAUGAUAAGACGUUUGCUGGUAAAUAUCAGAUAUUAUUGAAAAGAAAUCACUUUUUAUACUUUGGAUUACCAUUUUUAAUAUCUAUAGUAGCUGGUUCACUCUAUUUACAGAAAUUUACUGCUGUAAAAUGGGAGAGAUGGGAUGAGAGGCAUCGACAAUUAAAUGAAGAAGAGAUGAUGCAAUUGAUUGAGAAUAAACGACCCAUAGAUAAAAAGAAUGAUUAUUAUCGUUUGCAAGGACUUCUAACUGAUCAUAUUACUAAAGAAGUCAAAUCUAAUGAUGACUACGAAAUUGUCAGGGUGCAAAGAAAGAAAGAAGACGAGCCAGUAUGGUAAGUUUUGGCGAUGAAUAUAAUGCUAAUGAUUGGUGGAAUCUAAGUGAUUAUCCAUUUCUUGUAAAUACUAUAAUAUUUUGCGUUAUGUACCUAUUAAUAGAUACUUUAUCUCAUAAAUAGUUUCUUUUUUUUUACAGUAUCUAUAAAUAUAUCAAAAUAAUACGAAGCAAAGUAAUACAUUAAAUCCUCCACAGGAGUCUUUUA